CCCGGAAGCAACCCGGGCUUCGGGCGGGAGGAUACGAGCGCUUCGGAGGCAAGGCCGGACCGCACAGCUGUUACCCCGACGAUGGCGGGGACGGCGCUCAAGAGGCUGAUGGCCGAGUACAAACAAUUAACACUGAAUCCCCCAGAAGGAAUUGUGGCAGGCCCCAUGAAUGAAGAGAAUUUUUUUGAAUGGGAGGCAUUGAUUAUGGGCCCAGAAGACACCUGUUUUGAGUUUGGUGUUUUCCCUGCCAUCCUGAGUUUCCCACUCGAUUACCCGUUAAGUCCCCCAAAGAUGAGGUUUACCUGUGAGAUGUUUCAUCCCAACAUCUACCCAGACGGCCGAGUGUGCAUCUCCAUCCUUCACGCGCCGGGCGAUGACCCCAUGGGCUAUGAGAGCAGCGCCGAGCGGUGGAGUCCCGUGCAGAGCGUGGAAAAGAUCCUGCUGUCAGUGGUGAGCAUGCUGGCAGAGCCCAAUGAUGAAAGCGGAGCCAACGUGGACGCCUCCAAGAUGUGGAGGGAUGACCGGGAGCAGUUUUACAGGAUUGCCAAGCAGAUCGUGCAGAAGUCCCUGGGGCUCUGAGGCCUCGCCCACGUGUGCGUGCACACACACCACCCCACGGUGGCCAGUUCUCCCCGCGACACUUGGCCACAGGGACACUGUGCUGGUACCAAAAAGGCAAGCUUACAGAACCGCCUCAUCGUUCUUCUUCCCACCUCCCACCCCAACAGGCUUCUCUUCUGGAAUUGUGACGAUGUAGGUGAUGUCAGCUGCAUGCAGCAGUGGUGGGUGGGCUGUCAGCUGUCACCACUGCCUCUCCAGCUGCAGCACCUGCUCACCGCACCUAGUGCUCCCCUCCUCCCGAGGGCUGACGAGUACACGCCAGCCUCCCCAGGGACUAAACCAGUACUGCUCCUUCGGAAGCGGCGGGGCCGGGAGCCCAGGCAGAGGGCGGGCCGUCUUUGGGGUCCCUCUGGUCCCCGUGCCCCACGAGGACGUGACUUUGGCUCAGUACUUCAUACUUUACAAGCAGAUGUUUUCCUUACAACCUAGUUACAUCUUUUCCAUUUGUUGUGUAUUACAAACUGUCACACUUAGAACUACUUUCAGGAAAUAAAUACAUUUUAAAAAUGCGGAUUGAUGAAAAAUGGGGUACAUAGAGAAGAAGUUUACUGCUGUCAUAAAGACCAACAUAUUUCCUGCUCGCAUUUGUUAAAGAUUACAUUUGUGUCUUAGUUACCAGUGUGGGAACACGAGACUGAAAGCUUUAGUCGAAGUUUCUUCUGGACGCACAGGAGUAGGUCUUCUCCAGUCUCACAGCUGGGGAGCGCUGGGCUUUUGUACGUUGUGGUCGCAGCAGGAACUCUGUUGGGACGAAAUCAUUCUUCUCACCUUGGAGCUGGAAGGGAGCCUCCCGUCAGCGCAGAGCUCAGAGCGUGCCUUACCCCUCAACGUGACUGGCGCUCAUGGAAGUGUGGCAGCGGCCCUGCCGCGGUGGGCCCAGCACGCCAUGGCUGGUGGUUUUCACGUGGUCUCGGUCUUCUGCUGUGUGGGUGGCUCGGUGGCACGUGCCCAGGUUCCACUACAAGCAAUAACACAUCUGUUGCACGCAGAGUCACACACUUGGCCUGUUUCAGACAGGUUACAUUUAAAUAGGAAUUUCUAUUUUUGAAACAUGGGACCGUCUACAAGACAUACGCUAGGUCUUCCUGUCCUUUCCUUCCCUUUCAUGGUGUGUCCGUGGCACAGGCGUCUGCUUUCCCGCCAGCUCACAGCGAACGCCCUCUGUCGGCAGGUCCUGGGUGAAGGGCUGCACGUCAGGCCCCUGUGGACAGCGGGGUUUGUCCCGCUCAGAAGGGCCAAGGCUCAAGCCUCGGGACUCAGUGCAGGGCUUGCAUUUGGAAGACGCAGGGAUGGGGGUGCUUCCCCUAGAUAGUAUUUGCAGGCGUGUCUGUAGGAGGUGGAGCUCGUUCCGCAGAGGAAACGUGUGGAGCGUUGUGAGCGUUGUAGCCACCUGAGCAGGUGGCCACGGGGCUUUUGGGAAAUCUGGAGAAGGGGGAAAGGCAGUCUCUUUGCAGAACAAAGUAUUUUUAUUCAUUUGUAUUUAUUAAAUGGAAAAAAAGAAUCCCAUGGUUAAAAAUAAAGUUACAUAUUU